CCUUCGCCGUGUGGUCGUGUACGACGAUCGACAUAUUGGCACAGUGCCGGCAUAGUUUGAAAAGUUUAAGAAAAUCUGUUGGCGUUGAAAAGUAAUAUUUUAUAUGUAAUAAAACUAAAGCUGUUAUGAUUCGUUAAUCUCUUUUUAAAAAUUAAUUUGAUGUUUUACUGUUGAUUUCUGGACUUUAACAUUUUCAUCAGUAUUUCGAUGAUGAUUUGAGUAUCAAUGAAGACAUACUUGAAAUAAUAUAAAAAAUGUAUAAAACAUUAUCAUUAUGUACUUUUAUAGUUUUCAUUGUGAAUAUAAUUGAAGCUGCCAAUUAUGGAGAAACUAAUGUUAUAAAGAAUUAUGUGGUUAUAAAUAGUAUUCAAGAUGAAAUAUUCAUAAGAUACAGGAGAGAUUUAAAACAGGGUACUGAAGGAAUAGAUAAUAUUAUUGAAAUACAUAAUCAUAGCAAAGAAGUAGACACCAUGGUCAAAUAUAAUAGCACAGAAGAUUGUGUAGGAGACAAACAAUUCUGUAAUUUGACAAAAGAAGACUACGUAGCCAUGCUGAAUGAGUAUAUCUAUCCUCAAACUUAUGAAUGGGUACUUAUAGGUGUUCAUACAGCAGUAUUCACUAUCGGGUUGGUUGGAAACACUUUAGUAUGUGUAGCUGUCUAUAAGAAUCACACCAUGAGAACUGUGACGAACUACUUCUUAGUUAAUUUGGCGGUCGCUGACUUUAUGGUGCUGCUGUUUUGUCUACCUGCUACGGUUUUAUGGGAUGUAACAGAAACGUGGUUUUUAGGAGAUGCUCUGUGCAAAAUACUACUCUACUUUCAGUCAGUAUCAGUGACGGUGUCAGUGCUGACACUGACCUUCAUCUCCGUGGACCGCUGGUACGCCAUCUGCUUCCCGCUCAAGUUCAAGUCCACGAUCAGCCGGGCUAAGACCGCUAUUUUUGUCAUAUGGGCUUUUUCACUGCUGUUCAAUGCUCCAGAAUUAGUAGUCUUAACCACAGUGAAAUUGGUACCUCUGCGCUUCGACUUAGAAUAUUUGGUGCAAUGUACUGCGAUUUGGUCAUCAACCAGCGAUCUAGUGUGGCAUAUAAUCAAAGUAGUGUUUAUUUAUACGAUACCCCUCCUCUUAAUGACGGUAGCAUACCACCAGAUCGUGAGAGUGCUGUGGAGCUCAGAGAAGAUACCUGGGCAAGCGGAAACUACUAAGCUAGCAUCAGCUGAACAAACUCAGCUGCGAUCACGUAGAAAGGCGGCGAAGAUGCUAGUGGCGGUGGUGGUCAUGUUCGCAGUGUGCUACUUUCCAGUUCAUCUCUUAUCCGUGCUUAGAUAUGUUCUGGAUAUGGAACAAAACGACGUAAUCACCUGCCUAGCUCUCUUGUCCCAUGUCCUGUGCUACGCCAACUCAGCUGUCAACCCGUUAAUUUACAAUUUCAUGAGUGGUAAAUAUCGCCGGGAAUUUCGUCGAGCCUUCUGCUGUUCAACGGGCUUAAAACACGAGACAUCAACCACUUUAACCCGUCUCACCACAUCCAAGAGAAAGUUCGACCAAUCCUUCGAAAAAGGCCAAACGUGCUCACUCAAUACUUCAUUAAGAUCACAUAAUUGUAAUCAAAUACCUCUAUCAAGAGGUCACAAUUGCGAUAGAAUGUCAUUUAUAGGCCACAGAUGUGAACGAAUGCCGUUAGACGGCCAAAAGUGUGAUCAUACGCCCUUCAACGGCCAAAACUGUGAUCGCAGGCCUUUUAAAGGUUUUGGCCGUGCUGAAUCGCAGAGUUUGAAAUAUGAUGCCACUGCAAAUAAUGGACAGAGAUAUUAUGAAAAAUUUUCUCCGUACAAUCAAAUGGAGUAUAGAAAAGGUUACUUGUCAUAAACAUAGUUCAUAAAUAAUAAUCAACGUUACGAAAUAUUAAAUGUUUAAACAGUAACUUUUCCUGAUAUACCUACGGGUCAAAAUAGUGUAUUGAAAUCAUCGAUGAUUGAAAUCACAUUAAGUUGAGUUUGAACUGUUAUCAAAAAACUGGACAAGUGCGAGAGGAAAGAUAUCCGUACAAUGACUGAAUUGAGUUGGUUGCACACAAUAUCUAAAAAAAGAUUUACCAUAUUAUUUUAUCACAAUAAAUUUCUUUCCUGAUCUUUAUAGAUUAUUCUUAUUUAUAUAAGAAACGAUUUUCUGUAUUUUUUCAAGAAAAAAAUUACACAAAUAAGUGACCCCACAAUUCAAAAUUCAUUUAUUUACUUAGAUCACAGAAAUCCAUACUAAUAUUAUUAAUGCGAAAGUGUGUCUGUCUGUCUGCCGUAUUAUGUGUACUAAAUUUCAACUAAAUGGGUUCUGAAGAUUCAGAGCAAAUGACUGUGACAGACGGACAGACAGACACACGAGUGCUGUAAAAGACUGCGCCUAGGCUCCACUCUGUAGGUGUGCAUUAUACUUACGUUGUGUUAUGGGUACUGGAUCUAAAUAUGCCAUUAUUUGUUUUUACAUUGGCACCGAUUCUACUUGUCGUUAAAGUACAUACAAUAUUUUUUACUUAGUGUUUACUUAAUUGUUAAAAUAAGUCGAAUUUUUAAAUUAGAAGAUUCUCUCUUAAUUAGAAAUAAUUUUAGAAGUAAGAAAAAUUAGACGUUCAAUUAACUAAUAAAGUAGAUUACCUAACUCUUAAGCUUAAGACGAAUAAAAUUCUUUGAUCUCUCUUUGUUUACAUAGAAAAGUUUUAUUGUAAGAUACUUUCAGUAAGUAAAAGCAUCCGUUGAAACUUGCAAGUUAAGUAUCUAUUAAUUAAAUAAGUUCUACUCAGCAGUUUCGACAUUCUUUGUCAAGUUUGCGUUUAUAGUACCCGACAGGUUGAGAUGGCAAUCGGGCUAUGAGGCGGGGGGACGCCCCGCUCACCCGCGCGUCACCCACGCUCACCGGCAGCACAUUAGCGCGGUGGUUGUGCGGGUGUCCCCACUCCGGUUGCCAUCUCAACCUGUCGUGCACUAUAGGGUAUACCUAGUAUAUGUAUUGUAAGUCAAACUCUCAACAUGUAGAUAUCUAAACUAUUGAUGUAUGAAAAUAGGAAAUAAAUUAUUUAAGUACCUUCAUUUUAUUUAUUGUUUUCUAUAAAUA